CGAAUCACGUCAGUUGGCUAUGUGAGAAUGCUGCGUGCGCAAUGUCGUCUGCACGUCAACUAGCAGAAAUCUCAAUUGUUUAUACUAAUAAAUUAAUAAAAUUUCUUAAGUUAAACUUACAUUUACAAUAAAAAUCCUUUGGAACAUUAAAGAAAACACAGAUAAUGAAAAGAUUUCUUAUUUUUCUGGGACCUCUUUUAGUGUUCAUUUUUCUCUUAAGUUUGACUGAGAGCAAUGCUUCUAAUGUGAAAAAACCGAGAAAAAUAAUAAUAGACACCGAUGCAGGAGCUGAUGAUGCUGUUGCUAUUCUCUUAGCUUUAAAAUAUGAAGCAGCUAAUAAAAAUGACAUUGAUAUUAUUGCAAUUACUUGUACAUAUGGAAAUACUAAACGGGAAAAUGUUGAAAAAAAUGUUCUUAAAACUUUAAUCAUUGCAAAUAGAACCGAUAUUCCAAUUUAUGGAGGUGCAGAAUCGCCUUUAGUGAAACAUUGGGAAGAUAAUCAUUAUUUUGGUAUUGAUGGAUUUGGUGAUUUUCAUUUUGAUAAAAAAAUUCCAAUUUCCGUUAAUAGAUCCAAACAUGCGUCUGUUGCACUUAUUGAUUUAGUUAAAUCUAAUCCAAAUGAAGUAAGUAUAAUUGCACUUGCACCUCUUACGAAUAUUGCAAUGGCAAUUAAAUUGGAUCCAACUUUUAUUAAUUUUGUCAAAGAAUUCUACAUUAUUGGCUCGAGUAUCUCUGGUAUUGGAAAUGUGAGUCCAAAUGUUGAAUUUAAUUUUGGUGCUGAUCCUGAAAGUAGUUUUAUCGUAUUUAAUUCUUCAACAAAGCCUAAUAUUUUAAUACCAUGGGAACUCGCCUUGGAAUCUCCAAUUACAAAAAAAUGGCGAAAUAAUGUUUUUGGAGAACUCAAAUCAAAAGCAGUGAAAUUUUUAAAUCAAGCUGAAGCUAUUGUUUUAAUAAAUGCCGAUUCUUGGAUAUCAAUUGAUGCAAUAGUUAUAGCCACUUUUUGUUGGCCAAAUUUAAUAAAUAAUUCAUGGACAACAAAUAUUACUCCCGUUUAUGAUGGUGCUGCACAAGGCUCAGUUCUUGUUGAUUAUUUAAAUAUUACUGGAAAACUGCAUAAUGCAAAAAUUAUUAAAUCAUUUGACGUGGAACUUUAUAAAAAUAAAUUACUUCACUAUUUUCGAAAUUAAAUUAAAUGAUUGAAGUAAAUUUAAAUAAAAUUUUAAUACACAUGUAAAAAUAUAAAAGAAUUAUAUAAAUUGAAUUCAAAAAUAAUAAAUAAAUUUAUUAUUAAUUAAA